GGUGAGCAGAGCUGGUGCUCUGGUGAGCGUGCUGCACACCGAGGCUGAGCUCUGGGCCUUCCGUGGAACAGAUCACCCUGUGAGAGCCCGUCAGAAGCACCGCGUGUGCACUCGUCGGUACUCUCUGCAGGGUUCCUGUCCCAAGGGAGAUUUUGGGAUCGAGGCAGUCGGAGGAAGAGGGAAGGCAGCUCUUUCCAAGGGCCGGGGAAGUUCCUGUGCACAGAGGCCUGGGAACUUCAUCAUCCUCUGAGCCUUCAGCGGCCAUGUCUCAGCACGGAGACGACCGCGGUUCCAAUUGCUGCCGUCUGAGUGGCAAGAAGCGGCGCGGCGCGGUUCCCCGCGGUUGGGAGCAGCAGCCAGCAGGCUGCCAGAGAUCCGACCGCGCCUUCCAGCGCACAGAGGGACGCAACAGGGACGGACGGUCCUUCAUGCCAUACAGAAGGAUGGAGCCUGCGCGUCCAUGGAGUGGUGCUGGGCAAGGCUGGAAACGGAAAGCCUCCGCAGGUAAGAAGCUCUUGCGAGCUGUGCUGACUGCAGAAGCGGCAUAA